UAAAUAAGGCAGAAAAGCAAACAAUUUUUUAUUUCUUUUUUCCGACGGUACACAACACAACUAUAUGUAACCCAUUGUAAGCAAGUUUUUUCAAUACAAGAGUUAUACAGCUAGGUGAAACACGUAUGUCCGCUCGCUGCUUAAAGGAAUCCAAAAUGGCUGCUCCAAGAUGGUUCGUCAUUGCUGUUGUGGUGUGUUUAUAUGGAUUGACUGAACAAAAGGAAACUGCUAAAGACGAAGCAUCGUCAAGCUUGCCUUACUUCAAAAAAUCAACAAAAGCUGAUAAAGAUUUGUCUUCCCUUGAAAGUGACGUACUAAAGAGAGCAUCAUCGCUGCUAGCAAAAGUUUUAGAAAAGUCGUCCGAGGAGAAAAAAGCUGAUUUGCCAUAUUUCAAGAAAGAAACAAAUGAUUUGCCUUACUUCCGAAGAGAUGCAGAAUUACCGUAUUUUAAAAGAUUGGCCGAUAUACUGCCUUAUUUUAAAAAGGAGGCGCUGAAUAUACCCUACUUUAAAAAAGAGGCAAGUGAAUUGCCGUACUUUCGAAAAGAGGCUAAUACCAUACCAUAUUUCCGAAAAGAGGCUGAAACUUUACCAUAUUUCCGAAGAGAGGCUGAAAUCUUACCAUAUUUCCGAAAAGAGGCUGACAAGUUACCUUACUUCCGCAGAGAAAGCGACGACAUACCGUACUUUGGGAGAGAAAUGGAAGCCUUACCCUAUUUCCGAAAAGAGGCUAAAACCAUACCAUAUUUCCGAAAAGAAGCUGACACAAUACCAUAUUUUCGAAAAGAGGCUGAAAACUUGCCCUAUUUUCGAAAAGAGGCUAAAACCAUUCCAUAUUUCCGAAAAGAGGUUGAAACCUUACCGUAUUUCCGAAAAGAGGCUAAAACCAUUCCAUAUUUCCGAAAAGAGCUCGAGAGCAUACCUUACUUUGGAAGAGAAACGGUAGAUGAUGACACAAACCAGCUACCGUACUACCGCAGAGAUAUGUCUUCACGCACAAUAAGGUCACGCCCCUCGAGCACAUGGUACAAAAAUCGUUGGGGAAGAAAAGAAGACAUAAUUGGUGGUGAACGAUCGGUAAGUGACGCUGAUUUGGAAAAGCUAAAGAAUCUUAUCGCUCCCUUGUUAAGGGAAAGGUUUGGGAAUGAAAAGAAGGGCGGUUCCCACAAAGCUUGGCUAAAUAAUCGUUGGGGAGAUGCUAAGCAAACAAAAAAGGAGAGUGACGAAAAAGUGAAAUCUUCAACGGAAGAAACGAAGAAGAGCGAAGAAGAGAAAUAACAAGCUGGACAAUUAUUUCAAUCUAAUAGUGUAUUUAAAACAAUGCCCGAUAUACUUUUAACGUUGUACUUGUGUUCAUUUUUGUAAGUAGUGUAGAUUAUCAAAAAUAACAAAAGACUUUCUUUGUAACUCUACUUUUUUUCGACAUGCUUUGUACACAAAUAAAGCAAUAAAUAUAUAGUUUAAGAUUUCUUUUUA